CAAGCUUCCAUCAUCAUCUACCAACCCAUUCAAUUGAAUCUAUACCAACACCAUUUUUGCAACACAUCCGCAACCACCACUCACAUAAUCAAUCUCAACCACCCUCUCUAAUAUUCGACCCGAGCACCAUGGCCCCAAUGGCGCGCGUCGACCACGACGCCCUCGAGCAGCAGCUCAAAGACACGAUCCAAACCCUAACCAACAUAAUGGUCCAAGUAACCAACUACGACACCACAUCCACCACCUCCCCAUCCUCAAACGCCACGCCCAACGCGCGCGCCUCCUCGCGCGACAUCGUCGCCAACGAGCUACGCACGCUCUCCGCGAACCUGCAAGCGAUCCACGACCGGGCCCUGCACACCUCCCCUUCCCCCCACCCCUCCUCCCACCCCUCUUCCCAUACUUCCGGGGCCGGGUUCGGCGGCGAGCUCCCCAAGAUCCCGCCCGAGCUGAUCCAGUACGUGGACAACGGCCGCAACCCGGACAUCUACACGCGGGAGUUCGUCGAGCUGGUGCGGCGCGGCAACCAGCUCGCGCGCGGCAAGCAGGGCGCCUUCGCCUCCUUCCGCGACGUGCUCGCCGGCGAGAUGGACAAGGCCCUGCCCGAGCUGCGCGAGGAUACCGCGAGGGUGCUUGUUAAUACCAGGGGCCGGAGGUGAAGGGGCUGGAUUUACCUAAAAGGGGAUGGAUAAGGUGAGGAUGGAUAGGAGAGAAUAAGAUAGGAUAGGAUGGGGUUGAUGGGCGAGGCUCGUGGGUGGUGGUGCUCGGAGUAACCUUGAUCUUUUGGAGUUUCUAGGCUAGAUGGCCCGUAUCUCUUGGAGAGAAAGGAUGUAUCUCCCCAUACCUAUGGAGUUUUGCUAAACGAGAGAGUGGGCUAUUAUGUGCAUAAGUUGGCGUCCAGGUUACUUUUCUUACGGAGGCAUUCAACUAGCAUUUUUGACAGAUCGAGAGGUCAGGUAGUGCAUUUCAGAUGGGCAAGUUUGAUUAUAGCCAAGGCGAUAUACUAAUGAAGCUGGCUAGACUUUUACGUCCAGUAUGUUGUACCUGUUAUCGAACUGCGAUCACGGAUAAUUGCAAUAUGACAUGAAGUUAUUGGAUGUCUUUCACAAGAUUUCUAUUGCUCGG